AUGGCACCCGCCCUCGGCCAGAUCUUCCCCCCAAACCCUACUUUUGUCGAGAAAGACAUGCCCGACCUGACGGGAAAGGUAACUAUCGUCACUGGUGCAACCUCCGGAGUCGGUUUCAACGCAGCAUCCAUUCUAUAUUCAAAAAAUGCCACUGUUUACAUCGCAGCCCGAUCUGCCGACAAGGCCCGCACGGCUAUCAACGAGAUCCAGACCUCCACGGAGGGAGCACAUAGCCGUGGUCGCCUCUCCUUCCUACAACUAGAUCUGUCCGACCUAGCGAGCAUCAAAGAAAGCGCCAAUAGGUUAUUGGAACAGGAAGACCGCCUUGAUAUACUGAUUCACAAUGCCGGGGUCAUGACUCCCCCGGCGGGCAGUAGGACAAUUACUGGCCAUGAUCUUGAAAUGGGAACAAAUUGUCUCGGUCCCUACCUCUUCAAUAAACUCCUUCUUCCCCUUACUCAGCGCACCGCGGCCACGGCUCCUGCGGGUAGUGUGCGCGUGGUGUGGCUAUCAUCCAUGUUGGCCUCGUUUGCGGCACCCGGUGGAAUUAUCUUCGAUGAUGAAAGUGAUUCUCCGAAGGUUCUGUCUGAUGCGAUGCAGAACUAUAUGGAAAGUAAAGUGGGGAAUAUGUUUAUCGCCAAGGAGAUGGCGAAGCGGUAUGGUGGGGAUGGCAUUCUCAGUUUGAGCGUGCAUCCCGGCCUCAUGAAGACUGAGUUACAAAGACAUAAUUCUGCUAUUCAGUCCACGGUUAUGGGCUGGAUAUUCAAAGGUCCCCGAUACGGAGCAUACAGUGAACUCUUUGCGGCGCUGUCUCCGGAAGUUACGGAAGAGAAGAAUGGAGCGUAUAUUAUUCCCUGGGGGAGGUUCGGCCCUAUCCCUUGUCAUCUUCAGAAGGCCUUGGUGUCGAAGCGUGAUGGAGGGGCAGGGACGGCGGAGAGGUUUUGGGCUUGGUGUGAGAAGGAAACUGCUCCGUAUCUAUGA